GCAUUAUGCGAAAGUGGAAGGGGAUCGUGAAGACUAAACUGAUUGGGAAACGGAAGCUCGAGACGAGAGAGAUGUCCACAUCCUUGAGAACUACACGCGGCUCGGAACAACGAAGGCUCCAGUGUCUACAAGACAUCCAAAAAUUGCAAGAGGAGAUCAAGUUGUUACAGAUUUCAAACGAGAAACUGAAUGGUGUCGGUCUCGACGAUAUGAGCUUCACCGAGCUGGCUUCACUUGGAAGUAUGUUGGAUGAGGGCUUCCGCAUUGUGGACGAACAACUAGACAAUGCACACGAGGAAAUAACAACCAAGCAGGUAAAGAUAAUCAUCUUGAGUUCAAAGUUUUAA